AUGAUGGAAUGCAAGAGGAUAGGUUUUGUCAUAUGUCUCUCAUCCCUCUUCUCAUUCUCCACCUCCUCAAGCCUUGACAAUGCUGGGAUUGGCGUUUACUGGGGCCAAGACAUUCGCGAAGGCAAGUUGAACACCACGUGCGACACUGGAAAUUAUGCGGUUGUGCUAUUAGCUUACCUCCGCCAAUUCGGCGAUGGCAGAAACCCGUUUUGGGACUUCAUCGGCCACGACGGCGGCGUGGUU